AUGCACUUUGAUAAACCGCCAAAGGAGAAGCCUUGCUGCACUCUGCCCACAGUGAAGAAACUGUUGGAGCAGAAGAGGAAGCGAGAGACAUCCUCGGUGUCGACCUCCUGCCCCCCAAACACAACCAACCCUGUUCACCCUUCAAACAUGGUUGCUGUAAGAUAUCAUAUGUCUGCAUCGGAACCGCUCACCUGCUCAGGUGCAUCAAGCAGCUACACUGACAUGACGGCUAUGGACUACGAGCAGUGGGCACUCAUGCAGGAGCCCACUAUCUCUUAUGACCCCAACCAGCCAGGACCCAGCUUCCCUGUGGGUUACAACAUCCCACAGCAGCCAGAUCUCAGCUCCCAGCCGCAGCAGCAGCUUCAAGGAUUUGGAGGCAAUGCAUCUCAAACAUACGAGUGCCUGGUGACAGGUGACGGUCAGAGUGCGGCGUCCUCCUGGUCCCCUCUUCAGCCCGGUCAGGCGUCUCCAGCCAAUUUAGGAUCAUGGUUGGAUGGCAGUAAACUGGAGAGGGCGAGAAGGCUGCUGAGUGACAUGGACUACAAUAGAGUCACGGGUCAGGACGAAGAUGGAGACACCAUCCUGCACAUCUAUACUGCCAAGGGGCUCAGGGAGUGGGCCUUUGCUGCUGCAGAGAAGCUGAGGGAUUUGGGGAAGCUUGAUGCCAAAGAGCACAAAGGCAAAACCCCUCUACUGGUAGCGGUGACAGCUAACCAUCCUGAUAUCGUGCAAGAUCUGCUGUCUUUUGGAGCGGACGUCAACGCUUGUGAUGUCAAAGGUCAAAGCGCUCUCCACCUGGCCGCUCACGACGGGUACCCUGGGGUGCUGCAGGUAAUUCUUUCAAGCAGACCUGCAGUCAACCUUGAGGUCAAAAAUUUUGAAGGGAUGACCCCGCUGCAUUGUGCAGCCAUCUCUCACUGCGUCACCAUGAAGGCUCUAUCUGCUUGCGGCAUGGCCGACGUUCACCUGCAGAGAAAAGCCGCAGAGAAACUCUCCUGUGUGCAGACGCUUCUCAAUGCAGGCGCUUCGCCACUCAGCCAGGAAAUCAAAAGCAACAAGACGGUGUUGCACUUGGCUGUGAAGGAAGGCAACAUGGACCUGCUCCACUGUCUUCUGAGCAUGCCUCUACACAACCUGAAAGACUUUGUCAACAUGAAAGCACACGGUCACACGGCUCUGCACAUGGCGGCUUGUCUCCACGGCCACCCCCAGCAGGAGGAUAUCCUGCAACUGCUACUGAGCCGAGGAGCCGAUCCCAGCAUCCGGAACAUGGAGAACGACUUACCCGCUCGCCUCCUGCAGGGCGGCCAGCAGGGGGAGCAGCUCAAAGUCCUGCUGAAGAAACGAAGUGCUCCGACUCGCCAACGUUUCAUGACCUGGCAGGACCACCAGGAAUGACUUGUAGUCAUGUGACACGCAGGGAGUCCUCUAAUGUUCACAUGACAUGCCGGCGGCGU